CCUAGGGCUGGGAGACAGACAAAUUCUGGCGGAAAGUUGGCAGCCACGGUCCCCCUCCCCUGCUUUUCUCCUCGACUCUCCACCCCGCCCUCCGGGUGAUACGGCGGAGGUGGGGGUUGGGGAAACUGGCCUUGUGUUUUGGAACAGCUGCAGCCGGCACUGGGCCCGCCUGGAAUGCGGGAACAGGCUGCGCACCAGGACUUUUAUGGAAACUUGCUGCUGGAGACGGCGGCGGCGGCGGCAGCGGCAGCCAGAGUACUCCCAGCGGCUGGAGCAGAAGUGUUAGCGGCCAGAGCUCCCAGACCCCUACCCACAGCCAGGCGGGACGCGCACAGUCCCUCUACGCGAAAAGAAGGAGCUUCGCCGGUCACCGCUCCUGGAGGGUGCAAAUAUAUACAGAGCUUCAUAAUCAGCCCAAGACCACACAGAGCAAACAUGAAUGAUAUUUCCCAAAAGGUUGAGAUUCUGCUUUCUUCAUCUAAACCUGUCCCAAAAACCUAUGUACCAAAACUUGGCAAGGGUGAUGUAAAGGAUAAGUUUGAAGCCAUGCAGAGAGCCAGGGAAGAAAGAAAUCAAAGGAGAUCUAGAGACGAAAAGCAAAGAAGAAAAGAACAAUAUAUUAGAGAGAGAGAAUGGAACAGGAGAAAGCAGGAGAUUAAAGAAAUGCUUGCUUCUGAUGAUGAGGAAGAUGUAUCUUCUAAAGUAGAAAAGGCUUAUGUUCCAAAAUUAACAGGAACUGUUAAGGGUAGAUUUGCUGAAAUGGAGAAACAAAGACAAGAGGAACAAAGGAAGAGAACAGAGGAGGAACGAAAACGCAGAAUUGAGCAGGAUAUGUUAGAAAAGAGGAAAAUACAGCGUGAAUUAGCAAAAAGGGCUGAACAGGAAGGAGAUGAUUCACUACUUAUAACUGUGGUACCUGUCAAAUCAUAUAAAACAUCUGGAAAAAUGAAAAAGAAUUUUGAGGAUCUAGAAAAAGAACGUGAAGAGAAAGAAAGGAUCAAGUAUGAGGAAGAUAAAAGAAUAAGAUAUGAAGAACAACGACGCUCUCUCAAGGAAGCAAAGUGUCUUUCAUUAGUUAUGGAUGAUGAAAUAGAAAGUGAAGCAAAAAAAGAAUCACUUUCUCCUGGAAAAUUGAAACUAACUUUUGAAGAACUGGAGCGACAAAGACAAGAAAACCGAAAGAAGCAAGCUGAAGAGGAAGCAAGAAAACGUUUAGAAGAAGAGAAGCGUGCUUUUGAAGAAGCAAGGCGGCAAAUGGUAAAUGAAGAAGAUGAAAACCAAGACACAGCAAAAAUUUUUAAAGGGUACCGCCCUGGUAAACUCAAACUCAGUUUUGAAGAAAUGGAAAGGCAAAGAAGAGAAGAUGAAAAAAGGAAAGCAGAAGAAGAAGCCAGAAGGAGAAUAGAGGAAGAAAAGAAGGCGUUUGCUGAAGCAAGGAGAAACAUGGUAGUAGAUGAUGACUCCCCAGAGAUGUAUAAGACAAUCUCUCAAGAAUCUCUUACACCGGGAAAACUGGAAAUUAAUUUUGAAGAAUUAUUAAAACAAAAAAUGGAAGAAGAAAAACGACGAACAGAGGAGGAACGGAAGCAUAAGCUAGAAAUGGAGAAACAAGAAUUUGAACAACUGAGACAGGAAAUGGGAGAGGAAGAGGAAGAAAAUGAAACCUUUGGAUUGAGCAGAGAAUAUGAAGAACUGAUCAAAUUAAAAAGGAGUGGCUCUAUUCAAGCUAAAAACCUAAAAAGCAAGUUUGAAAAAAUUGGACAGUUGUCUGAAAAAGAAAUACAGAAAAAAAUAGAAGAAGAGCGAGCAAGAAGGAGAGCAAUUGACCUUGAAAUUAAAGAGCGAGAAGCAGAAAAUUUUCAUGAGGAAGAUGAUGUUGAUGUUAGGCCUGCAAGAAAAAGCGAGGCUCCAUUUACUCACAAAGUGAAUAUGAAAGCUAGAUUUGAACAGAUGGCUAAGGCAAGAGAAGAAGAAGAACAAAGAAGAAUUGAAGAACAAAAGUUACUACGCAUGCAGUUUGAACAAAGGGAAAUUGAUGCAGCACUACAAAAGAAAAGAGAAGAGGAGGAGGAGGAAGAAGGUAGCAUCAUGAAUGGCUCCACUACUGAAGAUGAAGAGCAAACCAGAUCAGGAGCUCCAUGGUUCAAGAAGCCUCUUAAAAACACGUCAGUUGUAGACAGUGAGCCAGUCAGAUUUACUGUUAAAGUAACAGGAGAACCCAAACCAGAAAUUACAUGGUGGUUUGAAGGAGAAAUACUGCAGGAUGGAGAAGACUAUCAAUAUAUUGAAAGGGGAGAAACUUACUGCCUUUACUUACCAGAAACUUUCCCAGAAGAUGGAGGAGAGUAUAUGUGUAAAGCAGUCAACAAUAAAGGAUCUGCAGCUAGUACCUGUAUUCUUACCAUUGAAAGUAAGAAUUAAUCACUCUUUUUAUCUUUUAUUCUAUUAAUUUUUUUUUCCUUAAAAUCACUUUUCUUCUUCUCUUUUUUAGCUGAUGACUACUAGCUCCCCUCCCCUCUCCCUGGAACUUUCUCUUUCACUCCAACUUUCUUACUACAUCCAUCUUUUCUGUGGCGGGGCCAAAAAAGGAAACCAGGAGUGCCACUAUGCUGACUUCUUAUUCCUUUUCGUAACAGUCUUCAAAGGCACAGCUCAUCUAAAGAAUGCCUUCUUCUUUUCCAAAUAAGCAUCAGAUUUAUUGCCUAUUAUGCAGUAACAGUCAAUAAAAUGUACUUAUCGGGGGGGAAUUACUCAAUUAUUCUAUCAGAACCUAUUAUAAAGACUGUGUAUUUCCCAUAGACGUUUACAGCAACUAUGUUUAAAAAACAAAACAAAACAAAAAAACACACAAACCUAAGUAGAAUACAUUAUUUUGCAUGAAGGAAUGUCAUUUCUGAGCUUUUUACACCUAAAAUUAGGCUGAAAUAGCUGAGAUAAUUAAUUUGAAACCUAUCAAUUUGAGUGGACUUUUUCUUUAGUAGUAUACCAUUUUGGUUGUUGUAGUUUCAAAGUCUUUCUGAAGCAGAUAUAUUGGGAUUGGAGCGGGGUGGGGAAAAGUGUCACUCCUUUCAGAGGAAAAGGGGAGGAGCAUGGAGAAAAACAAAAAUUAAAGGACUUUAAAGAAAGAAUGGCUAUACAGUGUUGAGUGUUGAGGAUAUUAAACAUGUUAUUUUUCAAACGUAUGUAAUAUAUAUUAAAUUUAUAAAGCAAAUUUAUGUUGUGAUCUUGCCUGAACAAAUUAUAUUUUAAUGAAAAAACUUUGUAUUAAUAGUUCACGCAAGAGAAAACACUUUCAACAUAGUCGAAGGCUUCAAGAUCUAAGUGUAUCAGACUUAGGGAAAAAGUGGCACAACCUUCGAUUUAAAAUUCUAGUCUUUAAAAUGAGUUUGUAAAUAAUUAGCUAUUAUGUUCUAUUAAGUUGUUUUGUAUUUUAAUUUUCUGGAAGACAAUUUUAUUUUACAAUGUGAACCCAAAUAAAGUAACUUCUGUAUUUAAAAGUC